AUGUCAAGAUCGUCUUCGCCCAGACCUGGGGGCUGGUCCAGUCCCGGCUUGAACACUUCGUACGAUUCAGGUGGACCGAACGGGUCCUCACACAAUGUCACUUGGGCUUCGGCCCAGGCGAGGAGCGCUGAGGUACAAGGAUACCCGGGCUUUACCCCUAGAAACCAAGGCUUCUUCUCGAAACACUUUCGCAGAAUAUCCACAAGCUUGCCUGUCAGCUACGGCGAGAAGGAAAACCUAGGCCGUGGGCGGCACCAGGGCAACAAAUUCAUGCAGAUGAUGAACCGCAUCGGUUGGAAUCUCUGGCGCUUGAGGAGGUCACUGGGAGUAGUGUUGCUCGUCAUACUCGGCAUCAUCACGUUCUACGUGACACCUUUGCAUCGAAUGUACAGACGGUCGGCGCUUUUCGGCGGCGGAAACAAAUACGUUAUCAUUCUUGCAGCGAACCAAGGCGGCGGUGUCAUGGAAUGGAAGGGUCCCCGCGAGUGGGCCAUUGAGCGUGACAGCGUAAAGAACAAGAAGAAGUACACGAAGAAGUGGGGUUACGACCUCGAGAUUGUGGAUAUGAGCACCAAGAAGCGCUACGCACACGAGUGGAGAGAAAGCUGGGAAAAGGUGGACACUAUUCGCAACGCCAUGCGCAAAUACCCCCAGGCUGAAUGGUUUUGGUGGCUUGACACCAACACUUUCAUCAUGGAACCGUCCUACUCCCUGCAAAAGCACAUCUUCAGAAACCUGCAAGAUAUCACGUACCGCGACAUCAACGUUUAUAAUCCACUCAAUAUCUCACACCCUUUGACUGAAGACUACCUGGACGCCGAGACUCGAUCGCCUGUUGGCGAUGGGAGAGUAGAGUCCAUCAACAUGCUGGUACCACAGGACUGUGGUGGCUUCAACUUGGGCUCCUUCAUGUUGCGAAGGAGUGUUUGGACAGAUCGGCUACUGGACAUUUGGUGGGAUCCGGUUGGUUAUGAGCAGAAACACAUGGAAUGGGAGCACAAAGAGCAGGAUGCAUUCGAGUACAUGUAUAAGAACCAGCCCUGGAUCCGGCCACACGUUGCCUUCCUCCAGCAACGCAAGAUCAACAGCUUCCCACCUGGGGCAUGCGGUGAUGCUGGCGACGAUGUUAACAUUCACUACCAAGAAAAGGAACGCGAUUUCCUGGUCAACAUGGCUGGUUGUGAGUGGGGCCGCGAUUGCUGGGCUGAGAUGUACAACUACCGCCAGCUCAGCAACCGCUUGAACCGAAAUCCCUGGGAAAAGCUCAAGGAUGGGAUUAGCGAUUUCUUCAAGAAGCCGGCAAAGAAGGACGAAAAGAAAAAGGACGAAAAGAAAAAGGACGAAAAGAAAAAGGAAGAAAAGAAGAACUAG